CAUUCACUCACACUCAUUAGACACAUUUCACUGCACUCUGUCCUGUUAGUAUUUCACUCUGAGGAAUUAAACUCACCAUGUCUUCAAACUCAAACCUCACAAACAUGAGACGGACUGUUGAGCAGCUCAAACUUGAAGCCAGCGUGGAGAGAAUCAAAGUUUCUCAGGCCGCGGCUGAACUACAGGAGUAUUGCCUCCAGAACGCCAGCAAAGAUGCACUUCUGGUCGGAGUCCCAGCAGGCAGUAACCCGUUCAGAGAACCGCGCUCCUGUGCCCUCCUCUAAACUCAUGGAGAGUGGAGGGAUCUCAAUGGAACUCUAAUAAAUGAUGCAGCAGCAGAGGUGAAACAUGGGAUGUAUUGUGCAAGUCUGAGGAUGCCUUAUAUUUCAAAUGUUUUGUUUUAUUUGUUGUGCCACAAGUAUGUUAAUACGAAUAUGUUUAAGUUAUACUCUGCUUUGGGUUGAACAGUGCAGAGUGAUAUGAAAGUAAAGCAUUAUUGCAUUUUUAAUGGAUUAGAAGAAAUUAUUUAAAUGUAUCAAGAAAUCCCAUUGUUAUUGUCAAGUCUGUGAAUUGCUGUCUAAUUAAUGUAUCCAAAAGAAACAGAUGUGCCCAAGUGCAAUACUGGACCAGAUUAAUAGUUCUUUGUGUACAACACAGAAUUGACAGUAAAAAAAAAAUAUUCAGUGAGAAUAUUGAAAGCUUUUAUUUUCACUUUAUGCACAGAAUUAAAAAAUUAAACAACCCAUGUAUAAAAUCAUAAAGCCUCUGUGGGUUGUUAAAUUAAUCUCAAUUCUUUCUUACAUAUUAAGUGCAUAAACGGUACCUCUACAGAUUGAAAUCCUAGCUUUAUCAUAACCGUCUGCGUCCGUCUCCCCAAUGUGACUGAACUGCAUUUAUAAGAAAAGAGUCUCUUAUGGUGAUUGUGGACAGUGCUGAAGAUGAAGGAUGUCAUAGACUCGACAUGUUCCUCUCAUGGGUAAAGAAAGGAAUUGAGGGCACAUUCUGUUGCUCUGCUGAUAAUCUCAUCCAUCUGGGUGGACACAAAGUUACUUCUGUAACUAAUUUAUCUGUGACAUAUUAAACUGAAAGUGAAGAUUCUCUGCA